AAUGAGGGUUUGGGAAAUGAGAGGGACGUGAAGUAAAGGGACAGAGGACACAAGGGACAAGAGAGGCGAGAAUCAGACAGUCGAAAGGGAAUUGAUGGGAGUGAGUGACCAGAGGUGAGGGAUGAGGGGGCACUGGCCACUGGAGGUGUGGACGGAGAUGCCACGGCAGGGGGCAGAAGAAAUUUGCAAGUGCGGAAUUGAUUUUAAAAUCAGAACAAUAGAGCUAGAUGGAAAGAAAAUUAAGCUUCAGAUAUGGGACACAGCGGGUCAGGAAAGAUUCCGAACAAUCACAACAGCGUACUACAGAGGAGCCAUGGGAAUUAUGCUGGUCUACGACAUCACAAAUGAAAAGUCCUUUGAUAAUAUUAAAAACUGGAUAAGAAACAUUGAAGAGCAUGCCUCUUCAGAUGUUGAAAGAAUGAUCCUGGGGAACAAAUGUGAUAUGAAUGACAAAAGACAAGUGUCAAAAGAAAGAGGGGAAAAGCUAGCAAUUGACUACGGGAUCAAAUUCCUGGAGACAAGUGCAAAAUCCAGUACAAACGUAGAGGAGGCAUUUUUUACACUGGCACGGGAUAUAAUGACAAAACUCAACAGAAAAAUGAAUGACAGCAAUUCAUCAGGGGCAGGUGGACCAGUGAAAAUAACAGAAAACCGAUCAAAGAAGACCAGUUUCUUCCGUUGUUCGCUACUUUGAUGAACUCUUUCUGAGAGACUGCAGCCCACCUCCAGGGCCCUUUCCUGCUUCUCUGAAAGCACAGGUCACCCAGCCUCAGAAUCACACCGCCCAGCUGCUGCGGAGAGCACCGUGGAACUUAGACCUCUCGACCCUGAACGCCAAGUGGAUUCCAGCCUCCUGGCCUAGCGAAAGAACAGGCUCUUUUUUACCAACAUGGAAGCAAUGUAGUGGAGACACACGCAGGACCCAACUCGUUUUUCCUUUGUGUUACUGCCUGUUGCAGAGCUGCUGUCUUUCUGUUUCCCUUUGCACAUCAGUGUUAGCUUUUCUUAGACUCAUGUGCACACCUGCUGCCAUGAAGUUCUAGGCACGUGUGUUCAUUUGGGAUGUCUAAAAGAGAGAAGAAGGUUUAAAGCAGAGGUAAAUGUACUAAAAUUAAGGGACAUUUAGUCUGGCUCACAGGGCCACAUGUUACUGCAUUGGUGGCAUUUACUUAAGGGCUUUGGUUUGUGAUUUUCUUUAAAUAAUCAUUAAAUGCUGAUCAAAUUUAUUUGAAAACAUUUAUAAAAAUGUCCAUCCAUUCA